AGUUUGUCGCCGGGUGAGUCGGGAAAUGAGCUCCGACGAGGUCAAAGGCGGCGGAAUGUGAGGUACAACUUCAAUUUCGACGACUACUUCGAUGAGGAGGAAGAAGAAGAGGAAGAGGAGGCAGACGACGAUUCGGAGGAGGAGAGGAAGAGGCAGAAGAAGCUGAAGCAAGUCCUGAAUCUGAACCAGAGCCGGGCCAGAGCCGAUCCUCCAACAAUAAGCCGAGGUCGAGCGGCGGCGCGUGUAAGACACGAGUCGGACUACGAAGAAGAAGAAGAAUAUGAAGCAGAGGUAAAGGAGGAAGAUGAUUAUGAAGAAGAUACGAGUGAGAAGAGGCAAGUGAAGAAAAGAAAAAUUAGCCGCCGGGUGAAAGAAGGUGAGAAGGAUUACGAUGAGGAAGUUCACGCAGAUUCCGACGAAGACAGUAAUGUUAAGGAAAAGAAGAGAAGCGCUUCUGCUUCUGGGACUCACUGUGAUGGUUCUUCAGAACCAACACCUAUACUUGACAAGAAGGCGUUGGAGUUGAUCCUUGACAAACUUCAGAAGAAAGACAUCUAUGGUGUGUAUGCAGAACCGGUUGAUCCUGAAGAGCUUCCUGAUUAUCAUAAUAUAGUAGAGCAUCCCAUGGACUUCUCCACAGUGAGGAAGAAGCUUGCAAAUGGAUCAUAUCUUACAUUAGAAGAGCUUGAGAACGAUGUCUUAUUGAUUUGCUCGAACGCGAUGCAAUACAAUUCAUCAGACACUGUAUACUAUAAACAUGCAAGGACUAUUCAGGAAAUGGGGAAGAGGAAGUUUGAGAAGGCAAGGAUAAAGAUUAAACGUGUUGAAAAGGAGUUUAAAACGGAUGAGAAAGCAAAACCUGCCAGCUCUGGGAAGAAGCAAGUGAGUUCUUAUUUCUCCUCUGGUGGGAACCUUGCUGGUGGAGGAGCUUCCCAAAAUAAGCCUUUUUCAACUCAAACCAGCAGACAUGUAGAUGUGCUUCUCGAGGGAGACACAUCCUUGCUAGACAAUCUGGAGAAAGCAGAAGACUUAUCAUCCGGUCUCCUUGGUAAGUGCGGAAGGAAACUGACGGUUGUUGAGGCAGACAGCCGUGCAGCUUAUGGCAAUUCUGAUCAGCAGGUUGAUAGAUCUGAGUCCAUAUUCACAACAUUUGAGAGUGAAAUCAAGCAGUUUGUUGCUGUAGGACUUGAUGCGGAAAAUGCAUAUGGUAGGAGCCUUGCUCGUUUUGCUGCGACUCUUGGACCCGUUGCAUGGAAGAUAGCUUCUCAGCGAAUCGAGCAAGCACUACCUGAAGAGAUUAAGUUUGGCCGGGGAUGGGUUGGAGAAUACGAGCCGCUUCCUACACCAGUACAAACCUGCACACCUAAAGAAGCAUUUGUGUUUUCGAAGCCACUGUCAAAUGCUGCUGCAGAGAAGAAUGAGACACUGUUUAAGACUCUUGUACCUGCAAAGGAACAACAGGGUAACAGACCCGUUCCAGAUGGAAACUGUCCAUUCCCGUUUUCAGCAUCUUUUGAGGCUGUGUCAGAAGGGAGUUCAUCUUUUGUUGCCACUCAAGUAGGAAACCUGAAAUCCAUGAGCCACCAUGGAUAUGGAAAUUCUUCUCCGCAAGAGUUUAUCAAGCCUGAAAAUAGGAUUUCUCAGCAAGUAGAGCUGAAUUUACCACCACCAGCAGAACAAACCAGUUCCGGUUCUGCUUGUGCUUCGGAAAACCAUAGCUUUGGAAAAUCAGAUACGGUGGCAUCAUACAUGUCAUCAAGUGAUAUGACGAGGAAGAUGACAGAUUCUGAACAUUACAAGCACCAGAUGACUACUAACGGGAUUUUCCGUGGUGGAUUGAGUAAUGGUAGAGUCUCGGCCGGUGUGAACAACACAAUGUUUGAAAUAUCUUCUGAAACCGCUAAUGAAAUGAAACGAGCAUUGGCUAAAGGUACACAACAAUCCAUGAGACAACAGAGUCAAAGCCACGGUGAACAAGCACCAGAUUCUGAACGUUUCAAGCACCAUAUGACUAUUAACAGGAUGUUCCCUGGUGGAUUGAGUAAUGGCAGAAUCUCGACCGGUGUGGACAACAGAAUGUUUGAAAUAUCCUCUGAUACUGCUAAUGAAAUGAAAGGAGCAUUAGCAAAAGGUACGCAGCAAUCCAUGAGACAACAGAGUCAAAGCCACGAUGAACAAGCACCAGACUCUGAACGUUUCAAGCACCAUAUGACUAUUAACAGGAUUUUCCCUGGUGGGUUGAGUAAUGGCAGAAUCUCGACCGGUGUGGACAACAGAAUGUUUGAAAUAUCUUCUGAUACUGCUAAUGAAAUGAAACGAGCAUUAGCAAAAGGUACGCAGCAACCCAUGAGACAACAGAGUCAAAGCCAUGGCGAACAACCACAGUCGAUGAGAAACGUCAAUGAAAAGGCUAGAACACAGCACCACACCACCAGUGUUCCACCAGAUGUUUCAUCACCACAAUCCGCAAGAAGUGAAGAUUCUAGCAAUGCUUCUGUAGCAGCAGCACGAGCAUGGAUGUCGAUAGGAGCCAGAGGGAAUAAUAAUAACCAAACAUUUGAAAUUUCGAAAAGCAGCCAGAUUUCUGCAGAGUCAUUGUAUAAUCCAUCAAGGGAACAACAAUUCCACCAACAAGCUUGUAAACCGAGAUCCUCUGAAGGGACUCAGUUCCUUCCUCAAAGGAAUGGUUUACCUUUCCAGACAUUUGUGAACCAGCCGGUUCACGGGAUGAUGAACGGAGGAUCCCAACCAUUUCAGAACAACCGGCCAACUGUUUUCUCUCAUAUGGCAGCUCCAACCUCUGAUGUCACGAGAUUCCAUGUCCAGUCCCCACGGCGAGGAGGUAUUACUCCACAUGGCCAGUUAAAUCAGAGACGAGAGAAACUCAUUUUCCCACCAGAUUUGAACAUCGGAGUCCAUUCGUUUGAUUCUCCUGCAAAACAAUCUUCUGGUCUUCGUGUCGAUUCCCAACAGCCUGAUUUGGCCCUACAACUCUAA